AUGCUCAGACAACUUCCUCAAAAACAUGCCAUCGAAGAAAAAAACUCAGAAGCAUUCAUGUCAGGAUUGUCCACCCCAGCACCGGGAAAUGCUCAAAAUCUGCCGCGUCGCCAAGUCGCUCUUUUAAAGGUUGUCCUUGCGAAAGGACGUGUCCCGAUUGUCGUGAAUAUUCGAAUAGGCGAGAUUCGAAAAGACGACGAAGGAGGCCCGGGGCUAGGGAGCAGUCCUGGGCCCGGAUCACCUAGAAGCAAGCGCUCGAUUAGAGGGAGGAGUCCUGGGCCCGGAUCACCUAAAGCAAGCGCUCGACCAAAAGCAGAGGAAAAGGAUCAAGAUCUCGCCGUUCAAGGAGAGCUCCCAUUGGCAGAAGAAGCAGAAGGUCAACUCUGUCGAGACGGCGCAAAUGCCGAUAUCCGCUGCACGUGUCCGUAUCCGACGAAGACGACGAAGUUGAAGGAGUCAAUGCUUUGGAACCACAAGGCACAGAGCGAUCUCUAUCGAGAAGCGAGCGGACGAGUCAAAGGGGGAGCCCAUCAGGUAGAAGGAGGAGGCCUAGAGGAAGUCAAUCGAAACGCACUCGAUCUUCGAGAAGAAGAGCUUCACAGAAGUCUCCAAGACGUCCAUGGAGACAGCAAUAUGUGA